AUGGAGACACAAGAUGGAGGUGAUGUCAAAGGAGAAGUUUCUCCUCGUGACAUAGUUUACACACAGGCUGCUGGAGGUGAAGAAGACCCAAACAUCUUUCACAUGCUUGAUCUUCGCUUUGAAGGAAUAAGCUGGCAUGAUGAUUCACUUGCAUUGAUAUAUGAAGAUUCGUACUCUGACCCAUGCCGCGGAGAACUUCUUAUGGGACUUAUAAGGAAACACGAAAUAAUUAAGGGAUAUGAAGGAGAACCCGAUAAUUCUGGAAAUUGUGAACAGAUCUUCUUAGAGCUAAUGAAAGUUCCACGUUCGGAAGCUAAACUCAUAGUUUACUCUUAUAAGUUGCAGUUUAGUACACAGGUUUCAGAACUUAGGGAUAAGCUAAACAUUGUUUAUUUAUCAGUAGAACAGAUUAGCAGGAACUGCAACAGGAUUUGGUUGAAUCUGGUUAGGGUUUCUCGAGAAAAGAGAUUGAUUGCUGUUGGGCCUUCAAAACUCGUUCCUGCCCUCAAGGAGGGAACAACUAGUCCUGCUGCAUUCACCAGGGCAACGGUUGUUGUUGCGGUCAAGUAUUCAAUAGUUGAACGACCAAAGAAGAUCGAUGCGGUCCUCUACCCUGAAAUUUCCUCAUUUCUUAUGCUUAUCAAGGAUCAGGACCGGGGUAAGCUUCCUGGAGGAAAAGAAAUUGCAGUGAAGAGACAGUAUGGUACAAGGGAAAGUAAAGAAGUUACAUUGGAAAGGAGAGUUCAGUUUGAUUUACUUCAGGCUAUGCAAAGAGAUUAUAAAUUGAGCUCGUACUCACUGAAUUCUGUUUCAACACACUUUUUUAAUGAGCAGAAGUUUCUCGCGCCAUUGGCGCGGGGAGAUCAACUUAUCAAAAGUAACCUUCUCAACAAUAGCAUUCUACUUAAGCAGACAAUAGAAGUUGCUCCUACCUCCUUCACCCUCACCGGAGCUUCUCCAUCUCCCCCUAUAUCUGACAUGUUGAUCGGUUCGUCAAUAGAACCGAUUGAGCACCGCAUCACCACCGUCUGCUUCGGUUCGUUACGUUUUCCUCUUCCAUGCUUUCUCAUCUGGUCACCAUCGCUUCCCCAUCCUAUUUACCUUACACCGGUUAAAAAAAGGCUGCUUAGAACAACCCUAAUGGAGCUGUCGGUCGACUGUUUUUUUGUGAUGAUUUCUGCAAUGAAGCAACAACACACACUAGUGCUUUUGAUGGUGAUGGUGCAACGGCGUUGGCUGAUGUGGUGGCUAAGGUUAAUUGUCGAUUGUUAUCUCCUCAACAACCCACCGCCUAAUGCCAUUGACAUUGACACCAACUGCUUUCGUCUACUGCCAUCCACUGCCGAUUUUCUAUUCGGGCUCGACGUCCCACCUGUGGAGAUGAAGCUGAGGAUCGCCCUACCCCCACUGGUGUAA